ACACUCUCCGACGGUUUAUAAGCGCUAAACCCUUCCGUUUUUGCAACUCUCUACUAAUAAACCCUAAACCACUCUUCCUCUUUACGGAGGAACGCUCUAAGAAACCAAACCGUGGUCUCUUGAUUUUGGAACACUUACUCGUGUAUUAUUAAAGGAUCCUGAAAUCUGCAUGAUCGACUCCGAGAAGAUGAAUUUCAAAAAUGCCAAAGUCCCCAAGAUGCCAGGUGCUGUCCCUGCUGUGUUUAAGCUGGGAGUCCUGGGUGCUCUUGGUGUUUAUGGGGUGGCCAACAGUCUCUACAAUGUUGAUGGAGGGCACCGAGCUAUUGUGUUCAAUCGUCUGGUCGGUGUCAAAGAUAAGGUUUAUCCUGAGGGAACACACCUUAUGCUUCCAUGGUUUGAGAGGCCAGUCAUCUAUGAUGUCCGUGCUCGACCGCAUUUAGUUGAGAGUACCUCGGGUAGUCGUGAUCUCCAGAUGGUGAAGAUUGGGCUUCGUGUUCUCACUCGUCCAGUGGCAGACCAGUUACCUACAAUUUAUCGGACCCUUGGUGAGAAUUAUAAUGAGAGAGUUCUGCCCUCGAUCAUUCAUGAAACUUUGAAAGCUGUGGUUGCACAGUACAACGCCAGUCAACUCAUCACUCAGAGAGAGGCUGUUAGUAGGGAAAUUCGCAAGAUUUUGACUGAGCGGGCAGCCUAUUUUAACAUUGCACUUGAUGAUGUGUCUAUCACAAGCUUGACUUUUGGAAAGGAAUUUACAGCUGCAAUUGAGGCAAAACAAGUAGCUGCCCAAGAAGCUGAGAGGGCAAAGUUUAUUGUGGAGAAGGCUGAACAAGACAAGAAGAGUGCUGUUAUCCGAGCACAGGUAUGGAUUGAUCCUCAUGUUUGCCUUGAUUGUGGAGUUAUGGUUAGUUGCAAUCCUCAACUUUCUUGUCUUGAGCCUUCCUACUUACAUCAAUUUAGGAUUUUGUUGAUAGAUGUCUUCCAGUAUUUUUUGCUACUUCCUCAAGAAUCUGGACUUUCUUUCUCCAUCAUAUGGGAAUUAUCUGUUCUUCCUUCUUAUAACAUAGUCACUUUCUCUGGUCGUCAGGGUGAAGCCAAGAGUGCCCAGCUCAUUGGUCAAGCUAUUGCCAACAAUCCUGCUUUCAUUACACUGAGGAAGAUUGAGGCGGCAAGAGAAAUUGCUCACACCAUCUCAAAUUCGGCCAACAAGGUUUACUUGAACGCAGAUGAUCUGUUGCUGAACCUUCAGGAGAUGAAUCUUGAGACCUCAAAGAAAUAGGUGCAUCAGAUCAAAACUUAAGUGACUCAAUCACCUCUGCUAGUUUUGUUUCUCACUGUUGCAGGAAUUUUUCUGAAAAUAACAAGCACUGACCCAAAACACAUGGUUGUUUUAUCUUUUCAUAGAUAGUCUGAAAUGAGGGAUACAUAUAGAGCUUAAGUCUGACUUUGUGAAUGCUCAAUUGAGGUGCAAAAACAACUGUGAGAUAUAUUCUUAUUAUGCAGUACAGAGUCGUCUUUG